ACGUGAACAGGAGAUAAAAGGCCAACCAAUGACAUGUCGCGAGAAAGGUGGUGUCAAACCCAGCUUGUCCAAUUACAGUCUCGCAAAUAUCUUGUCCAAAACCGGAGCACCUGGUGAGGAGAACGGCAUCAGCAACACUGUGGAAGUCACAUCAUCAUAGUGACCGAUAUUAUUUUGAAUUCAGUGCCGUAUACCACCAUUUGAAGCUUGAUUCUGUCAUAUUUGGUCGCAUCAAUCUACAGAAGUCACCUUCAUAAGUUCAUUCAACAACAAAAUCACGAUGAGGAUGACUGACGCGAAGGUAGAGGGUCCGGGGAGACACAGGAACUGUGAUGUGCUCGCAGAAUCGGCGACAAGAAGGGAUGAUGUGUUUGAUGAAACGUACAAGGAGAAAGAAGGUCCUAAACCUCCAAUGAUAAUCGUGUGGAAAAAUAUCACAUUGAUGACUUUAUUGCACAUUGCAGCCGUGUACGGCAUCUCCCUCGUCCCAUCUGCUCAUGUUUUGACCUGGGCUUGGUCUGUGUUUUGCUUUUUAAUAAGCGCUUUAGGAGUGACUGCUGGGGCUCACCGGCUAUGGAGCCACAGGUCCUACAAGGCCUCGUUACCUCUCAGAAUCUUUCUCGCCACUGCCAACUCCAUGGCCUUUCAGAAUGACAUCUUUGAAUGGGCUCGGGACCACAGAGUUCACCACAAGUUUUCAGAGACCGAUGCCGACCCCCACAACGCCAUCCGAGGGUUCUUCUUCUCCCACAUCGGUUGGCUCCUGGUGCGUAAACACCCAGACGUCAUUGAGAAAGGGAAGAAGCUGGAGCUCAGUGACUUGAAGGCCGACAAAGUUGUCAUGUUCCAGAGGAAGUAUUACAAGAUGUCAGUGCUGUUGAUGUGUUUCGCAGUCCCCAUGUUUGUUCCUUGGUGCCUGUGGGGAGAGAGCCUGUGGCUGGGCUACUUUGUGCCAGGCCUGCUGAGGUACACCCUGGUACUGAACGCUACCUGGCUGGUCAACAGUGCUGCCCACAUGUGGGGCAACCGGCCCUACGACGCCAACAUCAACCCCAGAGAGAACAAGUUUGUCACCCUUAGUGCCAUAGGUGAAGGGUUCCAUAACUAUCACCACACCUUCCCUUAUGAUUACGCAACAAGUGAGUUUGGCUGUAAGCUGAACCUGACCACCUGUUUCAUCGACUUGAUGUGUUUCCUCGGCCUGGCAAAGGACUGCAAGAGAGUGUCCCCUGAAAUAGUCCUGGCCCGGGCCCAGCGCACUGGGGACGGAAGCACCCGCAACCGGAGUGGCUAGGAGGUUUUCCCCCAAUCUCAAAAAAGCUCCAAAACAAAACCAAUGUAAAAAAAAAUAUAUAUAUAUAUAUAUAUAUAAAAAAAACCGACAAAAGUUUAGUUUGCAGUGUAAUUUUGAGAGGCACUUCUCUAUCUUGUAGCUACAAUCACGGCUUCACUCUUCUCCCUUUUGUGAGCUAUACAUUUCCUAAAGAGUUCUUAAAGAUGAAUGUUAGCUUUUGAAAAAGGGACUUUGAUCACCUUGUUAUGUUUUACUGUUUCAUUUCAUCUUCGCUGCAGCCACUAGUCUGUUGUGUGAAAUGGUCCAAAUAUGUCUGUUGCCAAAGCUGAAUGCUGCCAUUGGUCAAGUCUCCCUCAGUAGGCCGGAUGAGGUAUUCCUGAGCUGCGAAUGCUUUUUUUCUGCUGCAGUGGUACAUUUUGAUGUUGCAUAGGCAAUCAAUCAAUAGUUUCUUAAACUGCAGUCAAAGUAUUAAAGGAGAGAUUUGAAAAAUACGGAAGCUGAAAUGACAUUUUAAACUGUUGUUGUGACACCUUUUUAAAUCUCCAUCUUGAA